UGUUAAAUGCUGAUAGGGCCGUUGGAUUUUGAAUGCAGUAAUUAUCUUUUCUUUGUUAAACCAAAAACUGUAUCAGUUUAAGAUAGCAAUCAAACGUUUAAAUCCUUGGGCUGGUUUAUGUGAAUGUGACACUUUUGUUGGUGGUGGAUGUGCACCGGUACAAGUAUAACGAAAUACCCGGUAUGUUACAACUAGACCAGUGGGUCAUCUCAGACUUAUAGGAAGCACGAAUUCUCCGAUCGGAAGGCGUCCAACGUUAACACAAUAAAAUUGCAUGCAAGGAAAAGUUCUCUUCGACCCUAGACGCAAUGGAUAUCAUCCCCUUUCCCCGUGCUCUUUCCCAGUGUGAGUUUGGUUUCAACGGGUCCACUGCAAUACCCCCUGUGUUUGAAAAAAGGAAAAGGCCAUCACCGAUUCGCAGACAAUUUACUGUAGCUUUGCCAUGGCCUCCUAAAAAAGAGGAACAACAGAAGCAAAAAUUUCUUCCCGACAUCAACCCAACUGUUCAACAUUCAGAGAAAAAUAAGAAAUCAGAUUUUCUUCUAUCAAAACAGAGGACGGGUAUAGAUGUACCUGUUACUGCCACCAAAAAGCAUCGUUCCCCGAAAUCUAUGACAAGCUUAUACGGAUUAAAAGCCGACUCCAAUGACGUCACGGCAAUUACCCGGACCUUCCAACCUUUGAAUGACAAGAAAAAUUUAAAUACCUCAAUCGAUCGAUUAGAGUUCAAAGCCAUUCAACGAAACGACGGUACACAUAUAAAAGGCGAGGCCCGGCCAGAUCAGGCAAUACACACUUUGAUACCGACCGAGAGAAAAGGUCCUUUAAACCACAACACAGGAAAACAUUUCCGAGUCGUCACAAUACUGUACAAUACGAUGGCAUCUCUGAAACUGGACAACAGGCAGGAGCUAGCUUCUAAUGACCACGCCAGACAUCACAACAAGAGGCAGCAGCAGUGGAUACGUAGCGAACAAGUCAAAAACUGGAGAAGAUCCACCGUGAAAAGAGUCUCCAAGAAGACUGGUUAUACCAGUGGAAGUUCCUCUGGACAAAAAUCAGACGUGAUCAGCGGAAACUCGGACGAUACCAUCAACACAACCUCAUCCAACGAGGAGAGCAACAAUGUCUUCGAAUAUCCCAUGGACGCUGAAAAGAAAGAAAGUUUCGACAAAUGUCUGAAAUGGAUGGAGACUUUACCACAGAAAUUUUCUGGAAUGCACAUUUUUACCCCCUGUGUUAGUGACUGACAUUUUCAUUGUGGGGGAUAUUUAGUAUAGCCGAAUUUCCAAAAAUAACAACGGUGCUUGGUGAAGCAACCAAAAACCCGCGCGGACGAAGAACUCCGAGCCCGAGAAUCAGCAGGUCUGAUCCAGAAAAACAGUGGUUUGGGCUUCCAUGUCUAUCUUCGACAAGAGUGCCUACUCCUGCCAAAAAAGCAAGAACGGUGCUAACCCAGUUCAUCAAAACAUCGCCACCCGUUUUAACAACUGUUAUUCGAGAAGAAAAAUAGAUCGACCAAUUGUACCUAUGAGAGAAUCAAAAGCGAACAUUUGCGAACGUUAUAGCUUGAUAAUAUUGAAGAAGAAAAUACGUCAAGUGAACUUUUGGUGAUCAUCAUAAACAUUUACCAUUUUUGUUCCUAUUUAUCAUGAAGUGUACGCACAUUUCCAAUGUGGUUUUAUUCGGUAAUUUUUAGACUGCAGGGACGAAUAUACGUGUACAUUGUAUCCGUGAUACUAGUCAUACCAAGAUGGUGACCGAGGACGCUUAUAUCAUUCCAUUGUUAGAAUCAUCCUCAAUGUGCCAAAACAGAAUCAAAUUAUUUAUUUUGUUGUAUCUUAUCGUUUUCUAAUUUAUGAACUGUUAAUCUGAACGUUUUAAAGAUAAAUCUUCACAAUUGUAUAUAUUUAAAAUUAGAAUACUAAUUAUCGCCGGUGCCAAUUUGAAACUUGUUAUCAAAUUCCAAGUAUAUUUACAGUUUAUGUGCCCGGUAUUCUACAUAAAUAUUUCACUUGUCUAUCUGUGAUAAAAUUUUCGACAGUAACUAAGUGAUAAGAUUGAAAGUCUUUGAUUUUCCCCUGACUCUGUUCCAAUAUUCUACCCAGAUUGCUUUUAACAACAAUGUUCUACUUCAAUUCCUUCUGUGAUAAAAGAUGUUAUAUAUGUUGAUUUGAUUGUUAAGUGAAAUAAAUGUUAUAUACGUUUCAA